GGUGAGAUGUAAUUGGGUUAAUGACCACUGACUUACUGUGUUUCCUCACAGUUUGGGAGGGCCAGUGAAUUGUCUGGGGGAACACUUUGUAAGAACAGCAAUUCCAGCCACAAGACCUCUGCACCUGCCACUUAAACAUCUCACGAAAGGUCCCGCAUCCUGUGGAGAAGCGCCCAAGGACUGAUUUUUACAAGAAGGCAAACGUUUACUCCAUUGCACGUUCCCAGGUCGCCUCUCUGACCACAGAGGCUCCAGCACUCUGCAGAGCAGAAGCCAGACCCUUCUGAAAGCCAGAGCUGCAACUUGUCCUGUGCAAGCAGCUGCCUGGGCCCCUGCAUGAUCUGACAGUGCCCACAUCGCUUCAGGAUGUGAACCAAAAAUUGAUAGUCAAGAUGACUGUGGCUUCAGGACUGGCUUUGUUAUUCCAGAAUCAAGAUUAGAUACCUCACCAACUUACAGUGCACAGUCUGUGGCUCCGGGUACAUUCAGAGGAAAGAAGAACCUCUCAAGAUGUCUUCCAAUAAUGACCCCAUUGUAAUACCAAUGGCAGAAAGACGUCACAGUGACCUUCCCGAAACAAACACCAGUGACCCGGAGACACUGACUAAAGAGGCUGUGUUGAGUUUUCACAACAUCAGCUACAGAGAAACAGUGCAGAGCGGCUUUCCACUUCGUCAGCAGACACGUGUGAUAGAAAGACUGUCGAGCAUCAGUGGGAUCAUGGGACCAGGCCUCAAUGCCAUUAUGGGACCUCAGGAUGGGAGCAGAUCUCUGUUAUUAGAUGUCUUAGCUGCAAGGAGAGAUCCAAGUGGAUUAUCAGGAGAUAUUUUGGUAAAUGGUAAACCUCGACCUGCUAAUUUCAAAUGUACAUCUGGUUAUGUACCACAAAAUGAUGUGGUCAUGCACACGGUGACUGUGAGAGACAAUUUAGAGUUCUCAGCAGCUCUCCGUCUUCCAAUGACUAUAACAAGAGAUGAAAAAAGAAGGAGGAUCAAUGAGGUGCUUGAACUUCUGCAUCUGGAUAAAGAACAAAAUACCAAGCCUAGAUCCAAAGAACUCAGGAAAAGGACCAGUAUAGCAGUGGAGCUGAUCGCCGAGCAUCCCAUUUUGUUCUUGGAUGAUCCCACCACUGACUUAGACUUGACCACUACGACUUAUGUCAUAUCAGUUCUGAGAAGGAUGUCGAUGAAGGGAAAGACAAUCAUCUUCUCCAUCAAUCAGCCUCAGUACUCCAUCUUCAGAUUCUUUGAUAGCCUCACCUUAGUGGCUUCAGGAAAACUCAUGUUUCAUGGACCUGCACGGGACGCUCUGGAGUACUUCACAUCUGCGGGUUACCAAUACGAGUCCCACAACAACCCUGCAGACUUCUUCCUGGACGUCAUUAAUGGAGGUUUGUGUGACACAGAGGAAGAUGGCCAUGAAGCUGGAAACUAUGAAGAACUUUUUGAGAGAAAAUAUCAAGCCACAAAAAAAUUGGCCAAUAUGUAUGCCCAGUCCCGCUUACACAGUGACACAAGAGCCAGACUGGAUCAACUCUUGGGGCAACAGCAGCUGGACAGGAACUCAGCUGUGGAGACCACAUGUGUCACCCCUUUCUGGCAUCAACUCAUGUGGAUUACCUAUCAAUCAUUCAAAAAUAUCCGGGGUUUUCUACUGGUCACUGCGAAACAGGCUGUUAUCACAGCCACGCUGGCAGCACUGGUAGGCAUCGCUUUCCAGAUCCUGAAAAAUGGUUGUAUUGAAGUAUACAUAAGAGCCGGCCUCCUUUACCUGCUCACAAUCUUCCAGUGCAUCACAAGUGUGUCUGCAGGGGAGCUCUUUGUGAUUGACAGGGAUCGCUUUCUACAUGAGCACACCAGUGGAUACUACAGAGUUUCAUCCUAUUUCUUUGGAAAAUUGCUGGCUGAGCUAAUACCCAGGAGGCUGUUGCCAAGUACUAUAGUACUUAUAACAUACUUCAUAGCAGGAGUAAAAACAAGCAUGAGCUCUUUCUUCGCUAUGCUAUUUACCGUCAUGAUGUUGGCUUAUUCUGCCAGCUCCCUGCCACUGUCUAUAGGAGCCGGGGAGAAUGCAGUGGCUGUCCCAACACUGUUUGUGACCAUCUACUUUGUGUUCAUGCUGUUUUUUUCAGGUUUAUCACUAUAUUCUGGAAGCCUCCUACCUCAGCUCUCAUGGAUUCAGUACUUUAACAUUCCUCAUUAUGGAUUUAAGGCUUUGCUGCACAAUGAAUUCCUUGGACAAAACUUCUGUUCAGAACACAACAUAGAAGAAGUCAGUAGAUGCCAUAACUAUGUAAUAUGUACUGGUGAAGAAUUCUUGACGAUCCAGGGCAUCGAUCUCUCAUCGUGGGGCUUCUGGGAGAAUCACCUGGCUUUAGCUUGUAUAAUGAUUAUCCUCUUAACAAUUACCUAUGUGCAGUUAUUACAGGUUAAGACAUUAGAAGUUCUUAGAUCGCGGGGGAGGAAUUUUCUUCAGUUGUUUAACUAAAUACCAAAGUAUCUUCUGAAUGUCUGUAAUUGUAUUCCUGGACAAAUGCUACAUCCAGCCUGACCCAGAGAGGAUCCCUCUGCUGUGAACACUGAUGAACGUAGAGACUCAUGGCUGCUCACAGUACAGGGCUAAGGGACACUCCAGUGCUUAUCUCCAACAGGACACCUAUAGCGUGCCCUCUAUAGCUCAGAGCAUUGUAGAGUAGAAAGAGUGCAGGAGCCAGAAUAUGAGAAGAAGGAAUAGAAAUGCAAUAUUGUGGUCCUGCACAGCCAAGGCAACCAUGGUCUGUGUCUCAACUCUAUGGCUACCUGCACAAGACUGGAUCCCUCAUCAGCACAGAAGGAACAGAGGAGAACUCAAUGUGCCCAUCCCCCAUUCUGCUCAACUAUCGGCUACUGGCAGAUCAUGGGGGAGAAGCAGUCAUUGAUUUCACAUGUAUGAUCACAUUUGAGCCUAGAGACUCCAGUGGAAAGUCCGAAACCCCUGUAUCCCACAGACAGCCCUGUUUAAACUCUGUGGGUCAUAAGACAAAGAUGUGGAUGUGAGAAAGAGACUUGUAAAGAGGAGUAUUUCAAGGGAGUGUAAGGAAAAUGAGAGAGGUGGGACGGACGGGGAAAUGGCUGAAAUGCAUUAUAUAUGGAAUGGUAUGUUUUUAAAAAUAAAAAUUUUAGAAAAGUAA